AUGAAUGAAACAGAGAAAAAAUUCAUGAAAUAUUUAAAGUUAGACUAUGGACUUCAAUAUAAGGAUAGAAGUUUUAUUCAUACAGAGCCGUUGAUCCAUGAAGGUCAACUUAAAAUAGAAGAAUAUACUAAAAUUCACAUAUAUGAACCAACAAAAGAGAAUCAAACGUCUACUUGGGAUAUAAUUCCUAUAAGAUUUCAAACCUUAGAAUGCGAAAAUAUCGAGCACCCUUCUGACUAUCUACCUCGAGAGUACCUUAAAUUAAUAAUUCCCGUACUCAAAAUUACUUAUGUCGGAAAUCUACUCAAUUCUUUUAAAUCUUAUGCGGAGAAAUCAGAUAUAAAUGAAUUAUGUCAACAUUUCCUUGCUGAAACGGUUUUAGUGGGAGGCGGUUUAAUUAUUAGAAAUGCAUCAAAUUUUAAAGAUAAAUCCAAAUUAGAUAUUUUAAAAGCACAUAUGAUUUGGACUAUUGAUAAAACAAGUCUCAAACAUAAAUACAAGAAAUCAUUUGAAAAAACUUCUGGCGAUUAUGUGAAUCAAUUAUUUUCAUAUGAAAAAUUCUCCGUGAUUGCUUAUGAAAAAGUAAUUCCAGCUUUUACAAAACUUGAUGAAAAAUUACUAAAUUCACAUGAAAUACCCGCGGAUUGGUCUGCUAGUAUUAACAAAAGGCUUGUUCCUGGAAUUACAAGUUUUCAUAAAGAGCAAGAUAUAAAUUAUUGGUUGAUAAAUAAUAUAACCACAAAUUUACCAAAUUGGAUAGAGAAAUACCAUAUGGAGAAUGGUCUUUUAGUAACUCAGAAUGGAUUAAAAUGCAGCAAGGAAAAGGCCAUAGAGUUUUUAUGCGAGCCUGAAUUUAAAUUUAUUGAGUCAACAUCAUUGAAAAUGUUUCAUAUAAAGAAUCAAAUAGAGCUAUUAAUGAACAUUAACAGAAUAGAUAUUAAUGAAAAGCAAGUCUUUGAAAUUAAUCCGUUCGCUUUAUUAGACUUAUCCGAUAAAGAAGUCGAUGCUAUUGCGUGCAACAUUAUUCAAGAACAGUUGAAAAUUCAAAUUAACACAGAAAAAAAUAAAUUUAAAGUUUCGAAUCAAUUUAAGAAUGUUAUCAAAAAAGCAUUAAAGAGCAAGAAACCAUACACGGAACUAAUAAACAUUUUUAAUAAAUAUGGGCAUUAUUUUUGCAAAAAUUAUAUACUUGGUAAAUGUCUAGAAUCAGUAUGUUAUUCCUAUCCCGAACUGCCAACAGAAUUGCUUAAAAUUUUUCAAAAGCCCAAGGAACUAAAAGAACGGGACGAAUUGAUAGAAAUAUGGAAAAUUUUUCAGUCAAAAUUUAAUGUAAACGCAUUUUCAGGUGAUCGUUCCGUUGUUAAAUCCGACAAUAUUGAAAGAUGGUUAAAUGAAAAUAAUUCAACGUAUCCUGAAACUUGGUAUGUUGUAAACCGAUCCAAAUUAAUACCAAUAUGGGAACUACUUGAUUCAAAUAUUCAAGAGCAAAUUAGAGAAUUAAUAAAAAACGAAGAACGGAUUUUAAUGACUGGGGAAGAAAGAAUAGGAAAUGAAAUUAAAUAUCAUAGAAUCGAGUUUGACACACCUUUACGAAGCAAUAAAUACCACAUUAUCGGAUCUGUUGUUACAAUUGAUUACAAAAAAACAAACCUAACUGUUAAGUUUCGGCUAAUGGAUUGUUACGGUUUUUUUGCUAUUAUCGAAGAUCAUAAAAAUUUAAACGAUAUAACUUAUAGUGGGUUAAAAAUUUGUUGGGCUUUGAUUGGUGUUCCAUUAAAUCUUGACUAUUUUAAUUAUGAAUUAAGCCGUAUUAAAUUAGAUUCUGGCAAUAAAAAAAUCGAAAUGAGUAAGAAGAGUGUCUCUGAUACAAUUAAAAUAACUAAAUCAAUAUCCCAAAAUUUAAUUUUUGCAACCAUAUUUGAAUUCCCAUCUACAAACUUUGAACCUACAAUUGAAGUAAUUAUAAGCACCAGCACGUCUCGGCAAAUUAAUUAUACACUUAUUAAUCAUAAAUUUGAAGAUAUUGAGCCUUGGUUGGAAAAUAAGCAAGACCCGGUUCUAUUCGAGUAUUAUUUAAAAUGGUAUAUUAUUGAUAUAUCAGGAUAUGGAAGUUUAUUCUGGAAUUCAAAUAAUAACCUAGAACUAAGAUCUGCCUAUAUUCCAAUACCACUGCGAGAAAAUUCCGACUUAUAA